ACUGUUUAUAAGUACCCGAAAAUGCUAACAACUCCUUUUUAUACGCAUAUGCUUAGCUUAACAAAAGGAUACAGACGGUUCAAACGGAAUACUGAAUGGACAUUAUAACUGUGAAUAAAAAUGGCAAGUACAUCGACAAAAGAAUCUCUAUGCGAUGGACAACACGACUUUCCGGAAACGGCAGCUGCCAUUUGUCUUGUACAUCAGGAUUUGGUUUGUCUGCAAUGUUUAAUUGACAAGAAAGAAACAGAAUGUGUUGUAAAACCUAUAGACAAGCUUUCACCGAGUGAAAAUAGCUUGUUUGAGGUAUUGAAAAUUAAACAAUGUCUUGCUGAACGGAAAGAUCUUGUUCAGACUUAUACUAAACAUGUACAUGAACAGAGAGAUAAUUUGAAAGACAAAAUUAGACAUCAUGCUGAAGAAUUGGUGCGGACAGUUAGGGAAAAUGAAGAAAAAACUUUGAUUGAUCUUGAGACACAAUCAAAGGCUCUGCUUAUUAAAGAUGAUGAUCAAGAGAAGAUAAUUCAAGAACUUGAAUAUGAAAUAUCGGUCAAAACCAAACUCUUCUCUGAAGAUGCUGAUAGCAUAAAGAAAACUGAGGUUAACGAUAUGCACACAAAGUUACAAAAUAUUGCAGUUAUUGCUGACAAAUCAGUAUCGGGUACAUAUGUUGAGAAAUUGACAUUGUCUGGAGACUCGAAUGGAUUAGGCAUUGUGGAAAUUAUUGACCAGAGCCUUAUCUAUGAUGAAGUGCAAAAUAAUGAUGUGGAAAUGAGAGGCACAACUGGAACAAGACACUCGUCACAAGUGCCUGUUUGCCAUGAUGUCAUAAGCACCGGCCAGUCACCGGAAACCGGACCUAAACAUACACUUUCGCUUCGCAUAUCUCAUGACCAAAGCUUGGCAUCUGAUGAAGUUACAACUACUUCUGUAAAUGCCGAGACUGGGCCGGGUCCUUCCAACAGAGAAGAAAAUAAAACAACUAAGACGAAGUCACGCUUUAGCUGGUUCGGGUCCGGCAAAUCUAAAAACGCAAGUGAAAACGAGGGCAAUAGUACUCGAGGAAAAGGCUCUUCAAAGACCCAAGAAACCCAAGAUCCAGACUUUCAUCCAUUUCCUGGUUUGCGUGGGUCGAGAAAUGAACAUUUUCUUGUCCUUGAGAGUUCUGCGAAAGCUAAAGUUUCGAAAGCAUCAAUAUCUAACAUUUUGGUAACGGAUCAAAACGCGUUGGUUCUGUUUGAUCAAAACAAACACACGAUUAUUGUUUCCAAUUUUUCUGGCGAAAUCAUGAUAUCUCAUGCGCUAUCAAAAGAUCCGAUCAAGAUAACAAAAUUUAAAGAAAACUCGUUUGCGACAUUGAACUGUAAAGACUUGAAAAUCAAAAUAUUCUGCAUUGAGAACAAGAAACUAACAAUAUCAGAUGUGAAAAUGUCUGAGUCUAUACCAAAGCCCAUCCACGUUCUCGGAUUUGAAUAUGGAAAAGUAAAAGAUUGUCAGCAAUUUGCGCUUAGCGGGAUUAUCAAGGAAGAAGGAAGGGUGAUGCUCAUAAAUGCAGAAACAGGCGAAGUUUCCGAUGUUUGUGGCUCAUUCAAAAUGUCUUCGUCUGGGCAACACCACAACCCGGAAGAUUUUAGAACCUUGUAUGACUUUGAAAAGAAUGCUGUAUUUAUACUAAACAUACGUAGUAAAACCAUGAAAUGCUACUCCUUCGAGAAAGAACAGUGUGAGUGGAGAAUCCAAUGCAAGGAUGAUAGUUUUGCCCCUGAUCAGGUGGUUUUUGACGAUGAACACCUAUACAUCACAUCCAAUGAAAACGUCACACUCUUUUCAAAGACGUUUGGAGAAACCAAAGCAACACGCACUGCAAAGAUAGGCAAGUUGAAGGCAAUCUGCUUGAUGAAGGAUAUAGCAAUAGUGUCGUGCGAUUCUACCGAGCCGCAGAAGGCAAUGACACUUGAAUUCAUCGCCCUGUAA